CAGUCUCUGUUUCCAUACUGAAAGGUGCCGCAUCAUCAUCCUCCCUCCCAUCUCACCAUCCCAUGCUAAGCUGCUGGCUGGUUAGCAUUAGCCCUUCUUCUCUUAACCUGAUCUUGCCUUCUCUGCAGUUGGACUGUCAGUUCAUCAGAGGCACCCCCCGGUUGGCGACUCCUCUACCAUUUAACAGAGAACAAGAAGGCAGGAAGAUGGAAUGAAGGAGAGCAAGAGUAGCAAUGUGUUCCUGUCCCUGAAGCCAGUCCAAUAACAUUUGGAAUCCUACUUGCUCUACCAUCAUGAGCGUUGCAACUCUCUCACCUGUGAGUCCUGAGCCUCCAUCCCCAAAGCUCAUGUUCAUCACAGACGUCGAGCCCUCCCUGCACCCUGCCAACGCCCCUGUGUGUCCAGAUAUGGCUCAUCAGUCUCUGAUUGGAGCCUCUUCCCUUGGCCCUAAGAGCAACCAGUCCAACCUCACCGAUGAAGAGUCUAUUACUGAUCCAGUCUUCUCCCAGAGGACAAAGAAACUUCCUCCUCUCCACACUGGAGCCGACUGGAAGGUCGUCCUCCAUCUGCCAGAGAUUGAGAAGUGGCUAAGAGCAACCAGUGACAGAGUUGCUCAACUCACACACUCUGUUGGACAAGACACUGACAACAGACAUGUGGAUGUCCACCUAGUACAACUUAAGGACAUCUGUGAGGACAUUUCUGACCAUGUGGAGCAGAUUCAUGCUUUACUGGAGACAGAGUUCUCCCUGAAGCUGCUGUCCUACUCUGUAAACAUCAUUGUAGACAUUAGGACAGUGCAGCUGCUGUGGCACCAGCUGAGAGUCUCAGUUCUGGUUCUGAAAGAGCGUCUGCUGCAGGGUCUACAGGACCCUAACGGAAAUUACACCCGGCAGACUGACAUCCUGCAGGCAUUCAGCCAGGACCAGCACCAGACCCGUCUGGAUGCUCUCACAGAGGUGGACGACUGUGGUCAGCUGACGAUCCGCUGCAGCCAGGACUACUUCUCCCUGGACUGUGGCAUCACUGCCUUUGAGCUGAGUGACUACAGUCCCAGUGACCAUCCUGAGGACAGGGGGACAGAGUCCACAGUGGAGGACACCUCCCAGAAUAUCAUUCACACCACAAACUCAAAUCUUGAACUGCACAAGAGUUUACCUCAGCACUCUCUGCCCAGUGACAUAGACAACCACACCCAUUCUACAUCUGAAACACCCACAAAUCAAAGUGACAUGCCCAAAUACAGUGAAAGCUCCAAACGCCCGCUGCAGGCUGUAAGUCACAGCACUGAAUCUUCCCCCACACAGCCAUCCCUUCCUAAGAGAGCAGCCUUAUUCUCAAACAAAGGAACCAAAUCAAGAGGCAGUUUUAGGAAGGCCAGGCAGCAGUCUGAGCUGCAGCAUAAGGCUGAGCUGAGUCAGAGCACCCCCUCUCUUGUGAAUCCUCCAGACAGAUCCAAGUUCUGGCUAGAACUGGACUCGGUUGAUCUGAGAAACCUUCCACAAUCCAACGAGAGUCUUCAGAAAACAAUUGAGGACAACCUCAAAAACCACCAUAUGAGCUCAACACAUAGAAAACCUGAGGGAAGUUCUGGCGCCAAUGACAGCCUGCCCGUCUGCCGCCUGAUGUCUUUGGAUGAAAUAUCCACCCAAACAGAAAGGAGGCAGAAAAGGAUAUAUGCAGUCAGUAUGGGUGACUCGGACUCCUCCCUACCAUCCCCCAUUUCAGAGCAGCUUCUGUCCUCAGACUUGGAGGCAUCUGGAGAGGAAUCUGAUGCUCAGCGGGGUGGAAGCAGGAAUGCAGGGUGGACAGUGAACCGGCAGGGGCACAAGAAGGGAUCCCAGGUUCCAUCAGAAAGGAUCCAGUCCAGAGAGCACUGGUAUGGGUCAGAUGAGUUCCUGGCUCUCCCUGCUCAGCUCCAUGAAACUGAGAUGCUGGCUGUGAAACUAGAAAGUCUGAUACAGUCCAGCACCCUGCAGAAGCAGAGAGGUCUGCAGGAUGUGGAUGAUUGGGAGCUGUCAGAGCUUAACGUAGACUGGGACGCCGGAGAAAAUGGAGUCAACACGAGAAACAUAGUGGGGAGCGGGGAUUACGGUCCAUCUCCCCUGCUGUCACUGCAUCCUCAUAGACAAACCUCAGUGAGCUGCUUCAGCUCCUCCUCCAGUGAUGUUGCUCCAUCAUUGGAAGACAGCAGAGAAUCAGGGCCCUUGAGUGACCUCCAGUCAGGAGAGGAGCAGAGCAGGAGGUCUGUGGAUGGCUCCCCCCAGCUGACAGCGCCCCUGGUGGAUGGGCGUGGAUGUGCUUCACUGAUGAAAAAACUGCUGGACGACAUCCAGGAUCAGAACGAAGGCAUCUGGGUAAAGAUGGAGUGUUUUGUGCAGAAGUUGGACGGAUUCAUCUCAUGGCUACAGGAGGCACUAGACAGCACUGAAAACUGGAUGCAGCCCAGGCAGGACUUGGACAGCCUUAGGGUUUACUUGGACACUCACCUGACCUUCAAGCUGAAUGUGGACAGUCAACAUGCGCUGAAGGAGAGCAUAUUGGCAGAAGGAAAAUCACUACUCAGCAUCAUCACCUCCCACCAGCUGGCUCUGAAGGACAUCCUCCAUAUGGUUGGAAGCCAGUGGGAUCAGCUCCAGUGGCAGAUCCGACGCCAACAUGGCUGGAUGCUUCGCGCCCUUCGUUGCAUCCAGACCCGCCUCCUCUACACCAGCCAUUCACAGCAGCCCUGUGCAUCCAAUGGGCAGUUUCCAUGCCUUGCAGAAGACCUCAAGGUGGAGCGGAACUCAACUGAAUGCAACAUCCAGCAAGUUGCCCUUGAGACGAUGUCAGUUAGGCUGAAGGGACUCCACUACCCAUCAUCCUCCAGGAGGUACAACAGGAGCAGCAGUUUGCAGGAGUUUGAAGCAGAGUACCAGGAACUGUGGGAGUGGCUGAUGGACAUGGAUGCUAUGGUAACCGACAGCCACCAGUUGAUGAUGUCAGAAGAGCAGAGACAUCACCUCUUCAAAAGCAGCCUGGCUGAGCUGCUGAUGAUGGAGAGCCGGAAGACGAGUCUGCUCAGGCAAGCUGCCAGUCUGAAGAGGAUUGGGACUGAACUACCGAGCAACUUACACAUCAAAAUACACAACCUCACACACACAUGGCAGCAACUAGAGAAAAUUCUCUCAGAGCAUUCAGUACCAUGUUCUUCUGAGCAAAAGCUGUCAUCAAAUGCGAAUACUCUGCUGGUCGCUGGUCAGGAUGUGGCUGCUAAAAGUCCUCGCUCAGCUUUGUCCCCAAUGACUAAUUCACUGCUGGAGCAGCUGGAGGCUCGAAUCAAGGAGCUUAAGGCAUGGCUUCGAGACACAGAGCUGCUCAUCUUCAACUCCUGCCUCAGACAGGAGACUUGUGCCUCCGAGCAGCUUUCCAGUUUCAAGUCCCUGUGUUCAGAGAUCGGAAGCCGGCGCCGAGGAGUCGCUUCAGUUCUGAAACUGUGUCAGAAGCUGCUGCAGCAGAGCCAGUCGGGCCUGAUGGCUGAAGUGGGCCCAGAUGCGGAGCAGCACCGGGAGGCCCUGCAGCUGCUGUCAAUCAACCUGGAGAGGAGGUGGGAGGCGAUAGUGAUGCAGGCGCUGCAGUGGCAGAACAGACUGAAGAGAGAGCUGGGAGAGCAGCAGGUUAAUGGAAACAUUCUCGAAACUGGCCUAGUGGAUCUCCACCAGAUAAGCCCUGUGUCAGUGGCUUCAGUGACAGUGCCACCAGAGGACUCCUGGGAAUGGGAUGAAACAGAUAUGUCGGUCAUGGAAGCAGAGCGACUAGAUGUACCACAACCUGACCUUACAACCAACCUCCCCACAGCCUUGCAAUCAAGUCUGCCGUCAAACAAUAUUUUGGCCACUGACAAUCAACCUGUUGAGAUUCAAACUGAUAUCCAAGCCACUCAGUUAAAAGAGUUCUCUAAUUUGAAGGAUGGAUCCUCGAUGGAUGUUAACUCCCAUUCCCCACCAAACAAUAACGUAUAUCAAGUGUACAGCCUCCACAGUAUUGAAUUAUGCAAGCAGCUGGUGUUUCCACUUCCUUCCACAUUAAUGCACAUAAAUAAACCCGUAAAAAACAAAGAACAUUUUUUGCUGAAGAGUAUUAGUAAGGAUUCUUCCUUGUCCUCUAUUGAAUCUCUCCCAGACCUCCUGGGAGGUUUGAUGUCAAGUAGCCAACAACGAGAUAGAAUCAGUGAAUUUUGUAAUAGGGAAAGUGAGGGUGGCAGAAGGAGCGGUCAGUCGGAAAAUAGUCUACGAUCAGAUUGUGAGAGUGGGAUUGUAAGUGACAAUGGAGAUUCAGAGACAUCGUCAAACUCUGGAGUACAAGGAAAGAAAGAGGAUCAGUGGAUAGAGAGAAAGGAGAAAAGAGACCGAAGGAAAGGUGAAGUUACACAAGAACAUUAUAGUUUAGCUCUGGAAAAGAACUGCAUUGCCCCUUAUAAAAGGAGCAAGAUGCAAAUGUCUACGAAUUUGGAAGAAUGGAGAAGGAAUGAGCUGAGAUGUGAAAUAAAAAGAAACAAGAAGGAGGAGAAGAAGAGGUGCAAACAGGAUGGGGGGGAAGCAGUGGAAUUCCUGAUAAACGGACAUGGGAUCCUGACACCGGCAAACUCCGACUCUGACAUUGAUGUGAAAGGACUUGAUGACUCUAAGAUGUUCAUGUCCCAGAGGGACAACACAGAGUGUAACCCUGGCCAUUAUAAUAGUUCAGAGACUCCCCCUGCUCUCAACAGUAGGACAUCAAGUCCCGUUUUGUCUCAGAGCUCUUCUUUGGAGUCUCUUUUGGCUCUGGGUAUCGACUUAUUCCCCUCCAAAGAGCGGCUGCAUCAUAGUGUCUCUUUGGAGAGCUGCCUUAAUCCAUGCCACAGCCCCAACAGGGAGGCAGUGGGCAGUCUCACAAGUCCCGACGAGAUGAACCCGUGCCAGGAGAAAGACCAAGAUAGAAUUAAUCUAAGAGCAAGCAUGGAUACUGAAACAGAGGAAUCUUCUGGAGAGCUAAGCCAAAGAACUCUUGAUCUCCUGAAACGUUUGGAGAACAUUCAGAAUCCUUUGGUUGGGAAGAUGACCCGAAGUGUUUCUGACAUGUCAAUUCAAAGCAGUAUCCCACAAAAGUACCACUUCCCUGUUUCACCCUCUUUAGGUGGUCAACACACUCCACUCUCCAGGUUGUUUAGCACUUCAUGGAAAGGACAGCCAUCACUGAUCAAUGAAAACUUAUCAAAAAUGUCACUAACAGAACUGAGUAGCACAGAGGACUCGUCUCUGGCUUCUGAGGAUUUUAUCGUGCUCAGAAACCAGCACCCUCUUUUCCUAGAUCCAAACAUAGCAACCAGUUCCAGCCCUCGUAGGAAACAUUGUCACAACGGCAACAGGGGAGGGAAAGCUGUAGAUGAGUCGGAUGCUGCUAGUUUAAGCAUGGUGGUCAACGUUUCAUGUACAUCAGCAUGCACAGAUGAAGAUGAAGAUGACAGUGAUCUGCUUUCAUCCUCCACACUGACGCUCACUGAAGAGGAACUUGGUGUUCGGGAUGAACAAGACGGAGAUGACGACAGGGUUAAUGGUUUGUCUUCUGGGAAUGAGGAAGAUGAAGAUAAUGAUGAAGAUGACAUGGAAAACUCCUACGAGUUGGGGCUUGAGUACAUGAAAAGGGAAUUACAGAGCUGGAUACGACCUCCUCGCACCUCUGUAUCCUCCUCAUUCAAAUCGGAGGCAGGCCUUCUGGAUGAACUGCAGUGUGGAAGUGCUCCACCUUCCACCUUCACGUACUCGCGUGCACAAUUAAUGGAUAGCAGUAACAAAGCUGGUGGCAAUACAAGUAGAAAUGAAAGAGAAGAUGAGACCAGACUGAAUGUGACAAGAAGCUACAUCAGCCAAUUUGUCGAUGAUGUGGAGAAUGGAAACAUUGACCACAGCUGUCUACAAGGAAAAGACGAAGACGAUGAGCUACUCCAAGAAGAGUCUGGCUUGUUCACUCAGAAAAGAGACACUUUAAGGGACUUUUAUGUGAACACCAAAACAGAAGACCAAGUUGAAGAUGUUGGCAACUUGAGAGUUGAAAUGGAUUCAGUUUCAACAAGUCAUAUUUGUUCAUCACCAUCCAGUGAGCUGCAUCCCUUCUCUUCCAAGCGUACUUCCUGUUUGGUGGGAGAGCUGAGAGGGGAGCUCCCCUGCCACAGUGCCUCAUUUCCUUCACCCCCUUUGCUAUCUCCAGUCAACUGCAGAUCCCACAAUGCACUGGACAACAACUUCUCAAUUGCUGGAGGACGGAAAGCCAUCACAAUUCAAGAGAAGUUUAAGUUCUCAUCGUUGGUCACAGAAGAGACAAGGAGGGAAGUCAGAGCAAAAGAUUCAUCUCUGCCAUCCAAAAAAGGCCACAAAUCCCACGCUUCCUGCUGCAAGCCCUUCGUCCUGUCAGCCUCGACACUCAGCGUUGACGAAAGCAAGAAGGAGAAUGUUCAUGACUUUGUAAUGGAGAUUAUUGACAUGGCCUCUGUAGCACUGAAAAGCAAAGAGAACCAGUCAGAUGGAGCAACCCAGAGGGAGACCAGUGGGUCUGUCCCAGACCAGUCCUCCACCUCACUAGCACACAUCCGAGACAAGGUGCUUGAACACUCCCAUAGGCCUCUGCAUCUUCGGAAGGGAGAUUUCUACUCCUACCUGUCUCUCUCCUCCCAUGACAGCGACUGUGGUGAGGUCAGUCAGUGUGCUGAGGACAAGAGUUUGACCCCUGUGCCCUACACCAUCCCAUCCUAUUGCACUUCGACACCAACCCCAAACAGUCCAAGCCCUGAGCUGUUUCCCAGCAGCAAAGUGGCAAUGUCUUCCUUUCAGUCAUCUCAGUUGAGCAGACGCUCUUCCCCUAACCUGACUGCCAAGGACUACAUCGGCAGUCUGGAUUUGAAGUGUUUUGACGGCGAACCUGGCAGCGUCUCAGAUGGAAGCCGAGUGGAGCAGCAGUCUUCUAGCCCCUCUCUGUCCGUACCCACCAGUCCUGACUUCAGGAAUGAGGAGACGCUGUUUGAAGCAUGUACAGAGGAAGUUUACCUUGGGCCACCUUUGUGCUACAGCAUGGUGAUCAAAAAGAAACCUCAACCCUCCUACCAUAAACUGCGUUUGGAUACCUCAUUGGCUGGUGGCUGUGAGCUGAUUGAAAAUGGACCUUGUUUGUCCCAAGAGGGAAAAAGUUCCAAACUGGACAAUAGGCGGACGGACCACUUGUUCUCGACACAAGGCUCUGGUUCCAGAAAUGAAACCCAGAACUUCUACCUUCCUGAACCUUGUUACAGCUUAUUUUCCUCCUCUUCGCUCUUAAGAAGCAACUUCAGUUCUUCAGGUGACAACCUUUUUUCUCCUCUACCUGUGUCGACUGAGGCAAUGGAAGAAAAGCUCGGUGAAGACCUGUACCUCUCCUCUGAUGGUGUUGUAGGAAAAGUCGCGACUGCUGUGAGUGUCAGCAUGCCGCAGGAGGAGAGAAGUCGUAAUGAGGGGCCUUCUUAUCUUAAUCCCUGGGUGCGUGUCGCCCUGAUAGACUCCUUCGCCACAGAAUGUUUGGCAGAUACUAAAACGCUUGAAUCCAAUAUGGGCACCGUAAUGACCAAGAUAAGUGUCUGCAGCUCUGCUACAAAUCCCUCAAAAGAGCCAGCCACCGCCGCCACGCGUAUUAAUCCCAAAAUUAACUGCUCAGCGAUGAGAAGGCCUGAUAGGGAGGAGGGGAAGAGGAGCAAAGAGGAAGAUACUCGAUGGGCAGAGGAGGAGGAAAAGAGGAGAAAGGGCUGGAGCGUUUCGCAGCAAGAAGCAAAGUCUGCCCUGGUGAAACAGGCGGGAUUUUGGCCAGUUCACGGUCACAGCGUUGGAGGAACACAGGAUGAAGCAAACCCUCAGUGAGGACUCCUUCCCAGAUGAGAGCAGUCAGAAGAACAUCUGGGUUGGUUGAAGGAGGCAUCUGCCAUCUGAAGGAGGAAGUUGUAGGUCUCUGGUUUGGUGUUCUCUGAGCGUCUCCCUCUGUGCUUCUGCAGACUGCUACCUCUCGGAUCUUGUCUUCUGACUCAACUCACAUCUGGUGUCUGGAGGACUUUCGCUGGAGCUGCACAGGUUGGGAUUGGCCCAGCUCACCAGCCUGAUGAGUUGGUGAAUUUAUGAUCAUGACGCAGUUUUAAAGACUUUUCCUGAGGAUAUUUCAAGGUUCUCUGAGGUCUUGCUUGAAUGUAGAAUUUAAAUGCAUGUACACUUAGUAAAAAGGUAAGGUAAAGGACUUAUUUAAAGGUGUGACAGAUUUUUUGAAUAUUCAAGGGAAUAAGUAAACGUUUUAGAUCAUUUAGUGUGUAAUCACCUUUUUCAGGGAGGCUCCAAGAAAAAAUAAUUCUCCAUAGGAGUACUUUGUCAGACAUUAGUCCAAAUCCAUGUUCGAUUGCUCACAUUGAAGUGGGCUAAACCUAUUGUGUCCUACAAUUUAAGAAACUGAAAUAUUUCCUAGGAAGUAUUUUGUAUUAACCUUGGUUUCAGUGAAAAAUGACAUUGUCUUUUCAAGUGUGAUUGUCAACAUCUAAAAAAAAAAAUCCAUAACGUUUUGGUCUUGAAAUCUUUCAUCAAUCCUACCUGUAAUGGUGAAAAUGGUGGAUUAAAGCAGGAAUCUGUGCUA